AGAAGACAGUUUGAGUAUGGUGCUCCGGUGUCGUGCUAAACCGUUAGGGUUGCCAUCAUUCCUGUGCUUACAAAGGGACAGGCGCUCACUCUCCUGACGACUUCUGGGGGCAGAUUCUAUGAUCAGCCUGUUUUUGGGGGGUGACCGAGUCCUUCCUGUAGGUUAAACGGCCUGCCCAAAUUUGGCAGGGCUGGCAAAUGGAACUGGGCUAGUGUCAGUAUAUUCUAUGUAGGCCUGCCCACCAGGUCCUACUCAGGGAUGCUUGGAGCCCAGUCUUGUCAACAACUGUCUCUGUGCACUUGAAUCCUUAGGGCCCCCUCCACUCUUUCAAUGCCUGCUUCCCCUUCGCCCGGCGCGACAAUAUGAGUCUCCCUGGCCCAUUCAGGCAGGAAUGCCAACCAUGCACCCGUGGGCCUGUCCUGUUGAAGGCAUGUCAUGCCAAUACCCCUUCCCGCCCCCUUUGGCUUCUAUAAACAAGCCGGGCAGAGGCUCUAGAGAAGCCAGGCUGCUGCAGCAGCGCCUUCCUGCUCUCGUCACCCUCCAGCCAAGGGACAGGAAAGGCCAUGGGGCAGGUGCUCUUCUGUACACCCAAAGAGCUCCUCGGCUCCACGAAGAGACUCAACAUCAACUACCAGGAUGCCGAUGGGUUCUCUGCUCUCCACCAUGCUGCCUUGGGGGGCAGCCUGGAGCUCAUAGCCUUAUUGCUGGAGGCUCAGGCCACCGUCGACAUCAAAGACAGCAAUGGCAUGCGUCCCCUACACUAUGCAGCCUGGCAGGGCCGGCUGGAGCCUGUGAGGCUGCUCCUGCGGGCUUCCGCGGCUGUCAAUGCUGCCUCGCUGGACGGCCAGAUCCCUCUGCACCUGGCUGCACAGUAUGGGCAUUAUGAGGUGUCAGAAAUGCUUCUCCAGCACCAGUCAAACCCGUGCCUAGUCAACAAGUUGAAGAAGACACCCCUAGACCUAGCCUGUGAAUUUGGGCGGCUCAAGGUGGCCCAGCUGCUUUUGAACAGUCACUUAUGCGUGUCACUGCUGGAGGGAGAGGCAAAGGACCCGUGUGACCCCAACUACACCACACCCCUGCACUUGGCUGCCAAGAAUGGCCACAGAGAAGUCAUCAGGCAGCUCUUGAAAGCUGGUAUUGAGAUCAAUCGCCAGACCAAGACAGGCACCGCCCUCCACGAGGCUGCGUUAUACGGCAAAACCGAGGUGGUGCGGCUGCUCCUAGAGGGAGGCGUGGACGUCAACAUCCGGAACACAUACAACCAGACGGCGCUGGACAUCGUGAAUCAGUUCACCACCUCCCAGGCCAGCCGGGAGAUCAAGCAGCUUCUUCGGGAGGCUUCGGGGAUCCUGAAGGUUCGAGCGCUUAAGGAUUUCUGGAACCUUCAUGACCCCACCGCUCUCAACGUCCGGGCAGGAGACGUCAUCACGGUGCUUGAACAGCAUCCCGAUGGCCGCUGGAAGGGCCACAUCCAUGAAAGCCAAAGGGGCACAGACCGUGUAGGCUACUUCCCCCCGGGCAUCGUUGAGGUGGUCAGCAAGCGGGUGGGCCUGCCUGUCGCCCGUCUCCCCUCUGCACCUACCCUGCUGCGGCCAGGCUUCUCCCGGAUGUCACAGCCCUCUGCUGACGACCCCCUGCAGUCUCUCACCUACGGCCAGCUCCCUCGGGUGGGCCUCAGCCCAGACAGUCCAGCAGGUGACAGGAACAGCGUGGGCAGCGAGGGCAGUGUGGGCAGUAUCCGCAGUGCUGGCAGUGGGCAGAGUUCUGAAGGCACCAAUGGCCAUGGCACUGGCCUCCUUAUUGAGAACGCUCAGCCACUGCCCUCUGCCAGUGAGAACCAGGUACUGUCGGGCCUGCACACCCCAUCCCUGCCAGACAACCUGAGCCACCGCCCACUGGCCAGUUGUCGCUCUGGGGAGACCUUCACCCAGGACGUGAGGCCUGAGCAGCUGCUGGAAGGGAAGGACGCACAGGCCAUUCAUAACUGGCUAAGUGAAUUCCAGCUGGAAGGCUACACCACCCACUUCCUGCAGGCUGGCUACGAUGUGCCGACUAUCAGUCGAAUGACACCCGAGGAUCUGACGGCCAUUGGGGUGACCAAACCUGGGCACCGGAAGAAGAUCGCCUCGGAGAUUGCCCAGCUCAGCAUUGCUGAGUGGUUGCCCAACUAUAUCCCGGUGGACUUGCUGGAGUGGCUGUGCGCGCUGGGGCUGCCCCAGUAUCACAAACAGCUGGUGAGCAGUGGCUACGACUCCAUGGGGCUGGUGGCCGAUCUCACCUGGGAGGAGCUGCAGGAGAUCGGCGUGAGCAAGCUGGGGCAUCAGAAGAAGCUCAUGCUCGGUGUGAGGAGGCUGGCAGAACUUCGGCGCGGCCUGCUGCAUGGGGAGGCCCUGGGUGAGGGCGGACGCCGGCUGACCAGGGGUCCAGAGCUGAUGGCCAUUGAAGGCCUGGAGAAUGGGGACGGUGCAGCUACGACUGGCCCUCGCCUCCUCACCUUUCAGGGCAGUGAGCUGAGCCCAGAGCUACAGGCAGCUAUGGCAGGGGGUAGCCCAGAACCGCUCCCCCUCCCCCCUGCCCGUUCUCCCAGCCAGGAAAGCAUUGGUGCACGCUCACGGGGAUCUGGUCACUCACAGGAGCAGCCUGUCUCCCAGCCCAGUAUUGGUGACCCCGGUGCCCCACAGGAGAGGAACCUUCCAGAGGGUACAGAGCGCCCCUCUAAGCUUUGCUCCCCACUCCCUACCCCUUACGUCUUUAUGUGUCCACAGAGUUCACCCUCUAGCCCAGCCCCAGGGCCACCUCCUGGUGCUCCCCGGGCCUUCUCCUACUUGGCUGGCUCCCCUGCCGCUCCUCCAGACCCACCUCGGCCCAAACGCCGGUCCCACAGCCUGAGCCGCCCUGGUCCUGCCGAGGGGGAGGCUGAGGGGGAGGCUGAAGGGCCAGUGGGCAGUGCCUUGGGCAGUUAUGCCACCCUUACUCGGAGACCAGGACGCAGCACCCUGGCCCGGACUAGCCCUAGCCUGACCCCAACUCGAGGGACCCCCCGAAGCCAGUCCUUUGCCCUCCGUGCCCGGCGUAAGGGUCCCCCGCCCCCACCUCCCAAGCGCCUCAGUUCAGUCUCUGGCCCCACGGAGCCACCUUCAGUAGAGGGAAGCCCAGGACCCAAGGAAGGGACCACAGGUCCCCGGAGAAGAACACUGAGUGAGCCUCCUGGCCCCUCAGAGCCCCCUGGCCCUUCUGCCCUGACUGGCCCUGUGUCGGACACGGAAGAGGAGGAGCCUGGGCCUGAGGGGACACCCCCAUCUCGGGGCAGCUCAGGAGAAGGGUUACCGUUCGCAGAGGAAGGGAACCUGACUAUCAAGCAACGGCCCAAGCCAGCUGGUCCCCCACCGCGGGAGACACCUGUACUCCCUGGCCUUGACUUCAACCUCACAGAGUCAGAUACUGUCAAACGGAGGCCCAAAUGUAAAGAGAGAGAGCCACUCCAGACUGCACUGCUGGCCUUUGGGGUAGUGGGUGGUGACACCCCGAGCCCCUCCACUCCCCUGUCCUCCCAGGCCCCCUGUGAAUCCCCUGCUUCCUCUAACCCUCCACGGUCUGAGCCUAGCAGCCUUCCACCUCAAGGGACUCCAGCCCCAAAUCCUGGCCCCAAAUCUCAACCCCCCGGGCACCAAGGAACCUCUGUGGGGCCAGCUCUGGCAACAGGCAAUCGGCUGGGUGUGGAGACAGAGUCUCCAGCUGCCCCUGCUGCCCUCCUCAAAGCACCUGGAGCAGGAACAACUCCCAAGCCUGUGUCUGUGGCCUGCACUCAGCUGGUGUUUUCUGGCCCUAAGCUGGCUCCCCGGCUCGGCCCCCGCCCGGUGCCCCCUCCAAGGCCUGAGAGUACUGGGCCUGUGUGUCCAGGCCAGGCCCAGCAGAGACUGGAGCAAACCAGCUCAUCUUUGGCAGCUGCACUGAGGGCUGCCGAGAAGAGCAUUGGCACGGAGGAGCGAGAGGGUCCUACAGCAACCUCAACCAAGCACAUUCUGGACGACAUCAGCACCAUGUUUGAUGCUCUGGCUGACCAGCUGGACGCCAUGCUGGACUGAGCAAGACUGGCUUGUGACCCUGCUUCCCAUGGUACCCACAGUGGCCUGCCAGCGUUCACCACUUGUGGCCCAGCAUGGAAGACUCUGCCACCCGAGGGACCGGAAGAGGGUUGGGUGGGCUGGAGCAUCUACUCUUCCACAGCAGAGACCCUCCCGAGGCUUCAGGCAGUAGUUGUCAGAACCUGACUGAGGGGCCUCAGCUGUGUGGGAGGAAAGCCCCUCCCGUGUGCAGCUGACUGUACAGCUUCGGCCCCUGGACAGGGACCCUGAUAAGAGCACUCUCCUCUAGGAGAAGGUGACGGCCGGGCUCUGUGGAUGUCUGCAGCACCCACUGAGCUGCUCCCGGGCUCCGUGAGGCUGUGAGGAGGCUGCACACUUGCCUGGCCCCCUCCGUCGAGUGUACAUAGGACAUGUAAAUACACGGCAGGGGCAUGCCUUCCUGCCAGUGGCCAUGGCCUUGUCACCUCCUGCCCGUCUGCACAUCCCACACGGGAAGGCAGUGCUGGCCAGGGUCAGAGGCAGUGCGAUUAACAAAUCCCCAAGGCCCAAACCUUUACACCUGUAUAUAAUAUUUUUGAAGCAGAGAGAAAUGCAUAUAUUUUAAAUGGAAUUUAUUCUAUCUAUUAACUGCCUGAGAGAAUGCAGUGGGGAACGCCUUCGGACCACAGACGAACCCUCUGCCCACCUCCUGCUGGAGGACCCAACUGGUCCAGUCCCGGGCUCUGUAACUAUUAACCUCCUCCCCAACUAACACCAAUGAAGUGUCACCCACAUGA